AGAAGAUACUUGGUAGCGCAUCAAUCGACUCUAAAGGCGCACAGCCAGCGACGGACACGGACGAGGAAGGUGCAGGCGAUGUCGUGGAGUGUGGGUUUAGGUGGCAGGAUGGCGAUUGCCAAGCUCCUCUUUCCCUUCCUCCUUCUCCAUUCUCUCUGUGAAGGCUCCAACCAGCCUCCACGCUUCCUGAACUUCUUCUUCUCGACCUACCUCCUCAUCUAUGAAGAUGCGCCAGUGGGUUCCUCAGUUGCGCAGCUGAACGCACUUGAUCCUGAGGGGGAACCUCUCAUAUAUGGUGUUUCAGGAGAAGAGGCAAUGAGGUAUUUUUCUGUGAACAAAGACACCGGCGUGGUCUGGCUCCGACAGCAGCUGGACCGUGAGACCAAGUCCGAGAUGCAGGUUGAAUUCUUCGUGAGCGACUCUCAAGAGGUGGUCAAAGACACGGUAAACAUCCAGAUUGGAGACGUGAACGACAAUGCGCCAAACUUCCACGGGCAGCCUUACACCGUCCACAUCCCAGAGAACACAGCUGUGGGCAGAUCAGUGUUCAUGGUGAACGCCACGGAUCCAGACCAGGGCACCGGAGGCAGCGUUCUCUUCUCCUUCCAGCCUCCCUCUCCUUUCUUUUCCAUCGAUGGGGCCCGAGGCACCGUCACUGUCAUCAGACCACUGGACUACGAGACCACUUCAGCGUAUACACUCACUGUCAACGCCACGGACCAAGACAAAGUGAGACCUCUGUCCCGGCUUGCAAACUUAGCUGUUACCAUCACUGAUGUCCAGGACAUGGACCCAAUCUUCACCAAUCUGCCCUACAGUACCAACAUAGAGGAGGACGUUCCCGUGGGAUACGAGGUGAGGAAGAUAACAGCCAUUGACCAGGAUCUCGGCCGACCAAGAGGCAUCGGCUACACCAUCAUUUCAGGGAACACCAACAGCGUUUUCGCCCUGGACUACAUCAGUGGCUCUCUGACGGUCAAUGGCCAGCUGGACAGGGAGAACCCGCUCUACUCAGCAGGAUUCUCUCUCACUGUCAGGGCCACCGAGUUAAACGAUGAUCGCAGUCCGUCAGCAGCGACGGUCAGAACCACCUUUACCAUCCUGCUAAUCGACAAGAAUGACAACGCCCCGACAUUCAACAGCUCAGAGUAUCGGGUCCUCAUCACUGAACUGGCCCAAGUGGGCUUUGCCCUUCCCCUCUUCAUCCAGGCCGAAGACAAGGAUGAGGGGGUGAACAGCAUGUUCCAGGUGUUUCUAAGAGGAAACAAUUCCGACCACUUCACCAUCUCCCCCACGGCGGUACAGGGGCGCGCCGACAUCAGGGUGCGCGUGGCCGUGCCGCUGGACUUUGAGAACAUUCGCAGCUACAGCUUCUCACUUUAUGCCAACGAGUCCAUAUCGGACCAUGUGGGUUUCGCUCGGGUUUUUAUCGAGCUUAUCAAUGAGAACGACAACCGACCCAUCUUCAGCACGCCGUUGUACAACAUCAGCCUUCCUGAAAACACCCCCCCUGGUACAUCACUGCUUCGUAUCCUGGCAACAGACCAAGACGCAGGCAUAUUCGGGAUUGUGCGUUACUACUUCAGUGACGAGCCAGACCAGUUUUCACUGGAUGACGUGACCGGUUGGGUCAUUCUGCGGGACAUUCUGGAUUAUGAGUUGAUGCGGCGCUUCACGCUGACCGUGCUGGCGAGGGACGGCGGAGGGGAGGAGACCACGGGGAGGGUCCGUGUCAAUGUGUUGGACGUCAACGACAACGCGCCGCUCUUCCAGAAGGACGCGUACGCGGGCUCGCUGAGAGAGAACGAACAGGCCGUCCAGGCGGUGGCACGAGUCCGGGCUACAGAUGAGGAUUCUCCACCCAACAACGUGCUGACAUACACCAUCACUUCCGCCUCGGCUUUCCCCAAUUUCUUCAGCAUCAUCAUGGUGGAGGGCUACGCAGUGAUCAGUGUGACCAGGCCUCUGGACUAUGAGCAGGUCCCCAACGGGAUGAUCUUCUUGACAGUGAUGGCUAAAGAUGGUGGAAACCCAGCCCUCAACAGCACUGUGCCUGUCAAAGUGGAGGUGAUUGAUGAAAAUGACAACCCACCGGAGUUCAGCAAGCAGUCCUACAUCAUCAAAAUCGAAGAGAACAUCAUAGCCGGGGCGACUGUGCUGCUUGUGAAUGCUACUGAUUUGGACGCCUCUCGGGAAUAUGGCCAAGCCUCACUCAUCUACUCCCUGGAGGGCUCCUCUCAGUUCCGUCUCAACUCGCGCUCAGGAGAAAUCACCACCACAGCCCUGCUGGACAGGGAGCUGAAAUCCGAGUACAUCCUGAUAGUCAGAGCUGUGGAUGGAGGGGUGGGACCUCAGCAAAAGACUGGCAUUGCCACGGUGAACAUCACCAUCCUGGACAUCAAUGACAAUUCCCCUGUGUGGAGAAACGAGCCGUACCUAACCAACAUAGUGGAGAUGAGUCCAAUGAACACUGAUGUUUUCUCUGUGUUGGCAUUUGACCCUGACAAUGGGCAAAAUGGCACAGUGGUGUACACAAUCAGUCCGGUAAACCCCUUCUACACCAUCAGCAGCAGUACUGGGAAGAUCCGGACCAGUGGGCUGACCCUGGACAGGGAAAGCUCCAACGCCAGGGACACACAACUCAUGAGGUCCAUCAUCAUCUCCGCUGUUGACAAUGGAACACCUCCACUGCAUGCGUCAGCCAGCGCCACUGUGCUUGUCAACCUGCUGGAUCUCAACGACAACGACCCGACCUUCCUCAACCUGCCCUUUGUGGCUGAAGUUCCAGAGGGACUGCCCAUUGGAUCCUCCGUUUUUAAGGUCCGGGUGGAGGACCCAGACGAGGACAUGAACGGACUGAUUACAAUGGCGUUACAGAUGGGGAUGCCUCGCCUCGACUUCUACCUGAACACCUCCUCUGGCGUCCUCAGCUCCGUGGCGGUCUUGGAUCGUGAGCAGAUCGGACAGUACCAUUUGAGAAUUAUUGCAUACGAUGCCGGGAAGUUCCCUCGCACCUCCACUUCAACCCUCACAGUCACAAUUCUGGAUGUAAAUGAUGAGACGCCAACCUUCAACCCUCGCGUGUACAAUGUUUCCCUGAAGGAGAAUGUCCCUAGAGACCACAUUGUAGCGCGCCUCAGCUGCUCUGACAACGACGCUGGCCUCAACGCCGAACUUAGCUACUUCAUCACAGGUGGUAAUCAGGAUGGUAAAUUCAGCGUGGGCUUCAGAGAUGGAGUUGUUCGGACUGUGGUCGGCCUGGACAGAGAGACCCAGGAGGCAUACACACUGGUUGUAGAAGCUAUAGACAACGGUCCAGCAGGCAGCCGGAGGACCGGCACGGCGACUGUAUUUGUGGAGGUGCAGGAUGUCAACGACAACAGACCCAUCUUCCUACAGAACAGCUACGAGACCAGCAUACUGGAGAGCGUGCCCAAAGGGACCAGCAUCCUCCAGGUUCAAGCUACAGAUGCCGACCAGGGGGAGAACGGCAGAGUUCUGUACAGGAUCCUCACUGGCAACAGCAACAAUCUGUUCAGCAUAGACAAUCAGACCGGUCUGGUCACACGAGGCCCCAGGGCACUGGACAGAGAGACCAGCAGCUCCCACGUGCUGGAAGUGAUGGCCUACAACAGCGACGAGGGCAGCAUGAGGAGCUCCGUGAGGGUGAUCAUAUAUGUGGACGAUGCCAAUGACGAGGUGCCAGAGUUCACCCAGCAGCAGUACAACCGGCUGGGCCUGAGAGAGACCGCUGGCAUCGGCACCUCUGUGAUCGUGGUGCGUGCCACGGACCCUGACACGGGUGACGGUGGAGCUGUGGCUUACGCUCUCGUCUCCGGCUCAGACCGCAAGUUCGAGGUGGAUGUGAGCACGGGCCUGGUAACCACUGUGGACUACCUGGACUACGAGACCAAGACCACGUAUCUGAUGAACGUUUCGGCCACUGACCAGGCGCCGCCUUUCCACCAACGAUUCUGCACUGUCUAUGUCACGCUACUCAAUGAGCUGGAUGAGGCCGUGGCCUUCUUAUCCGCCGGUUACGAGGCCUCGCUUCGCGAGAACAUUGCCACGGGGACAGAGGUCGUCCAGGUUAGGGCCCAGUCGGCCGACAACUUGAAUCAGUUGACAUACCGCUUCGACCCUGACACGUCACCUGCGGCUCUGGCCCUCUUCAAGAUAGACAGCAUCACGGGCCGCAUCACGGUGACCGGCCAGCUGGACAGAGAGAAGGGGGACGUGUACACCUUAACCGUUGUAGCUGAUGAUGGAGGACCUAAAAAAGAUUCCACCGUGAAGGUGUCAAUCACCAUUCUGGAUGAGAACGACAACAGUCCGGAGUUUGACAUCACAUCAGAUACUUCAGUGAACAUCCCAGAGAGCACACCUAUGGGGAGGAAAGUGGCAGUGGUGCUGGGAAGGGACAAAGAUGCUGCAUUAAAUGGACUGGUCAAUUUCACUCUGGUGGCCGGCAACAUGGAGGAUGUGUUCAAGAUCAAGACAUUGAACAACACCUACGGGGAGGUUUUUGUCAAUGCUGCUCUGGACAGAGAGUCAGUAGACCGCUACCUACUGAAGGUGCGUGCCAUUGACAACGGCUCGCCUCCGAGAUACACAGACCACUCCCUCACCAUCAACAUCCUGGACGUCAAUGACAACGCACCCGUUAUCGAAAGCCAGAGGGGCUACAACGUCAGCAUAAGUGAGAAUGUUGGAGGAGGUACUUCCGUCCUGCGUGUGAUAGCGACGGACAAAGACAUCGGUCCCAACGCCAUGCUGUUCUACUACAUCACGGCUGGAAACCAAGACCUCACCUUCCGCAUGGACCGCGUGACCGGAGAGAUGGUGACGCGGCCGGCCCCUCCCGACCGAGAGCGCCAGCAGGAGUAUCGACUUACUGUCACUGUAGAAGAUGAUGGCACGCCACCUCUGUCGACCUCAACCACCAUCUACGUUCACAUUGUGGACGAGAACGACAACGCCCCGGAGUUUCCCGAGGAGGAGUACGUCACAGUGCUGAGCGAGGGACCAGAAACCGUGGGGGCCACCAUCGCCACGGUAACCGCCAUCGACCCCGAUGAGGGUUUGAACGGCACCUUAAGAUAUGCCAUUGCUAAAGGAAACCUGAUCCAGACCUUUAAUAUAAACAGCAUCACGGGGAGAAUUACAGCCGUGAAGGAGCUGGACUACGAGAUCAGCAACGGACAAUACGCGCUGGUCGUCACAGCUACGGACCAGUGUCCAAAGCCUGCUCUUCGCCUGACAUCUAGCACAACAGUGCAGGUGAAUGUCUUAGACGUGAACGAUGUGACACCCACUUUCCCAAGAGCCUUUGAGGGCCCCUUCGAGGUAGAUGAGGGUCAGCCAGGACCUCGGGUCUGGACUCUCAGAGCCAGCGAUGAAGACUCUGGCCUCAACGGCAAAGUGGAGUACAGCAUCACCGGUGGAGAUCCCCAGAGUGAGUUCACGGUGUCCCCUGUGGAGGGAGAGCUGCGGGUGAGGAAGGACGUGGAGCUGGACAGAGAAACGACAGCCUUCUAUAACAUCACUGUCACAGCCCGAGACCUGGGAACCCCGUCUCGCAACAGCUCGGUGUUGGUGGGAGUCAAUGUGCGAGACAUCAACGACAACGACCCAGUACUCCUGAACAUGCCGUACAACACUAGCGUGAGUGAAGGCGCCGCCAUUCACACCUUGGUGGCCAGGGUCCAAGCGCGAGACGCAGACAGCGGACGCAACGCGCUGCUGACCUACAAUAUCACCGCGGGCAACCAGGACGGAGCCUUCUACGUCAACGACACGACAGGGGUGGUGCAGGUGAACAGACCCCUCGACAGAGAGCGAGUGGCUGAGUACACGCUCACCAUCACCGUCAAAGACAACCCCGAGAACCCGCGCAUCGCUCGCAGGGAUUCAGACCUUUUAGUGAUCACCAUUAUGGAUGAGAAUGACAACAGGCCAAUAUUCACCAGGACCAGCUACAGGGCAGAGAUCAUCGAGAACUCUGAAGCAGCCAGUACUGUAACAGUGUUAAAUGGGCCCGUUCUGGCUGAGGAUAAAGACAUUGGACCCAAUGCUGUGGUGAAGUACAACCUGCUGGGUCCCAGGGUGGACCUCUUCACUGUGGAGAGAUAUUCUGGUGUGAUACUGGUGCGUCAGGGCGCAAAUUUGGACCGUGAGGCGUUUCAGGAGCCUCGGGUAGAGUUGUUCCUGGUUGCGGAGGACAUAGGAGGUUUAAACAGCAGUGUCCCCCUCACGGUUACCAUCCUGGACCAGAAUGACAACCCUCCUGUCUUCAGCCCUUCUAGUUUCAGUGUUCGACUACCUGAGAACAGCCCCUCUGGCGUGGUGGUGACUCAGCUGUCCGCCACAGACGCUGAUUCUGGCUCUAAUGGCUGGCUUAUGUAUCGCCUGGUAAGCGGUGCCCAGGACCGCUUUGUCGUUGACUCGCUCUCUGGGGCGGUCCUGGUGGGCAACUCCACCCUUGACAGAGAAGAGCGCGGGUCCUACCGCCUGGUUGUCAUGGCAACUGAUCGUGGCACACCCCCCAUGUCGGGAACAGCAACCCUGACAGUAGUUCUGGAUGACGUCAACGACUCUCGACCCCGUUUUAUUGAGCCAGUAACCAUGAUCAACGUCAAUGAAUCCACUCCGCCGGGUGUGGUAGUCACCACGCUCACCGCUGAGGACCCUGAUCUGAAUCCCCGGCUAGAGUAUUACAUCAUUUCAGUGGAGGCAAAGGAUGAUGGGAACAAUCCAGUGAAUGGGCUUCAGGACUCAUUUGGCAUUGACCUACACACUGGUGCUGUGUUUGUACGCAACCCGAUCAACAGAGAGCUGGUAGCUACAUUUGAGAUCAUCGUGUCCGUCCAUGACAAUGCCAGUGAAGUUAUUGACACGUCAGGAAGUGUUCCCAACGCGAGACUAACCAUUAACGUGUUGGAUGUCAAUGACAAUGCCCCUCGUUUCCGGCCCUUUGGAGUGUCCAACUUCACGGAGAAGAUUUUAGAAGGAGCUCAGCCAGGCACAACACUGCUAUCAGUAUCAGCUGUGGACCCCGAUAAAGGUCCCAACGGCCAGGUCACCUACCAGCUGCUCCACCUGCCCCGGGGAGAAUAUGUCAGACUGGAGGACACUUCUAUCGGUAAGAUUGUAGCCAACAAGACGGUAGACUUCGAGCAGGUGCAAUGGCUGAAUUUCACAAUUCGGGCGCAGGACCACGGCACUCCUCCCAGGAUAACAGAGCUACCGGUUUAUCUGCAGAUAGUGGAUGUGAAUGACAACAACCCCUUCUUCUUACAACCUUCAUAUCAGGAACCUGUGUUUGAGAACGUGGACCUGGGCACCAUCAUAGUUCGGGUCAAGGCUACAGAUGCUGACUCUGGCCUCUUUGCCGUCAUUGAGUACAGCCUGGUGGACGGCGAGGGCAGGUUUGGCAUCAAACCAGCAACUGGAGAGAUCUAUAUCCUUUCUCUUCUGGACAGGGAGACAAAGGACCACUACACUUUAACCGCCGUUGCCCGUGACAACCCCGGCGGCAGCCCUAACAACAGACGAGAAAACUCUAUCCAGGUCCUGGUCACAGUCCUUGACGUCAACGACUAUCGGCCACGCUUUACGGAGCGAGUGUUCAACACCAGCGUGUUUGAGAACGAGCCGAGUGGAACGUCGGUGAUCACGGUGAAGGCUAUCGACCUGGAUGAAGGAGAAAACGGAGCGGUACUCUACAGACUGCUGGGACUCUACUCAGAUGCGUUCUCCCUGGAUCCAAACACAGGGCUCAUUCGUUCUCGCCGCCUGCUUCAGUCCUCUGAACAUUUCAACCUGACUGUGGUGGCUACAGACCAGGGCCGUCCUCCUCUGUGGAGCACCGCGGACCUGAUCAUUACGGUCAUAGACGUAAAUGACAACCGGCCGCUGUUUGUCAGGCCUGCCAAUGGGACCAUCAUUCAUAUCUCAGAGGAGCAGCCCCCCGGGCUCCCCGUGUAUGAGGUGCACGCCACGGACUCUGACGAGGGAGUGAACGGAGAGGUCCGCUAUGGCUUCCUGCAGACUGGAGCGGGUAACAGAGACUGGGAAAACUUCCACAUCGACGCCAUGUCCGGAGUCAUCGUGACCACAGUGAAGCUGGACCGAGAAAAACAAGCCCUCCACAGCCUGAUCAUCAUGGCCCGCGACCUGGGCCAGCCGGUGCCGUACGAGACCACGCGGCCUCUGCAGGUGGCGCUGCUCGACAUUGACGACAACGAACCCGUCUUCCUUAAACCACCUCGUGGCAGCUUGCCUUACCAGAGGCUGGCCGUGCCUGAGCACUCCCGUCCAGGCACUGUGGUGGGGAACGUAACCAGAGCAGUGGACGCAGACGAGGGCUCCAAUGCCAUCGUCUACUACUUCAUUGCGGGAGGAAACAGUGAUGGAAACUUUGGCCUGAGUUUAGAUGGAGAGCUGAAGGUGCUUAAGGAUCUGGACCGUGAGGAAAUCCCGGUCUACUCGAUCAUCAUCAAGGCUUCCAGCAACAGGAGCUGGACUCCUACCAGGGCUCAGAGGGCAGCACGGGCCAAAGCCCUGGACCCUGCCACUGACCCUAGCUUGCUGGAGGUCCAUAUUGAACUGGAAGACAUCAAUGACCAGAAGCCGCGCUUCACUAAGGCGGAGUACACUGCAGGGGUUGCAGCAAGCGCCAAAGUAGGGUCGGAUCUGAUCAAGGUCGUGGCUAUAGAUAACGACAUCGGAAACAACAGCGUGGUGCAAUACCAUAUUGUCACAAUCCGCUACUUCCAGGCACAGAGCAAUGGCAGUGAGGACGUUGGCAGCAUCUUCAUCAUCGGUUUGACGGAUGGUAUCAUCCGAACCUAUGACCUCUUCACGGCCUACAAUCCAGGCUACUUCCAGCUAGAAAUUUUGGCGUGCGAUUUUGCUGGCCACAGCACAACCACCAACGUGAACAUCUACAUCCUCCGGGAUGACCAGAGGGUCAAGAUUGUGUUCAACGAGAUCCCCGAUUUUGUCCGGGAAAACCAGGACGAUUUCGUCAACCUUCUUUCCAACAUUACCGGAGCAAUUGUCAACUUAGAUGAUAUACAGUUCCACGUGGACAAGAAGGGCAGGGUCAGUUAUGAUAAGACAGACAUGCUCAUCCACGUUGUCAACAAUCAGAGCAACACCAUCCUUGAUGUUGUAAGGGUAAUUCAGAUGAUUGAUGAGAACAAGGAGCAGCUGAGGAACCUCUUUCGGAAAUACAACGUGGUGGACGUUCAGCCUGCUGUCACUGACAAACUGCCUGAUGACAUCACCACGCUACAGCUAGUCGUCAUCAUCCUGGCUGUGCUGCUGUGCUUGGCAGGAGUAUUGUUUGUCACAAUGAACUGGCAUUAUCAGAGAGUACACCAGAGAAAGUUGAAAGCUAUUGUUGCAGGAUCAACAGGGAAUCAGGGUCUCAUGGAUAUCCUUGACAUGCCCAACACUAACAAGUACUCUUUCGAAGGGGCCAAUCCGGUGUGGCUGGACCCAUUCUGUCGCAACCUGGAGCUGGCUGCCCAGGCCGACCACGAGGAUGACCUGCCUGAGAACCUGAGUGAGAUCACUGACCUGUGGAACAGCCCUGCACGCACCCAUGGCACAUUUGGUCGAGAGCCACAAGCGAAGCCUGAGGAUGAUCGUUACUUGAGGGCAGCCAUUCAGGAGUACGACAACAUUGCUAAACUAGGCCAGAUUAUGAGGGAGGGGCCUAUCAAGGGUUCUCUGCUCAAUGUGGUCCUGGAUGACUACCUGAGGCUGAAAAAGCUCUUUGCAGCCCGACUCGUCACGGUGUCCACCAGUCAGGGAGAUCACUCGUCAGUCACCGAGCUGAUCCAGAGCGACCUGGACGAUGACGAGGACGAGCAGCUGGGCAUGGGCGGAGGGCGUGGCACACUGCGCUUCAAGCACAAGCUCCCCAUGGAGUUGAAGGGUCCCGACGGUGUGCACGUGGUCCACGGCAGCACGGGUACCCUCCUGACCUCUGACCUCAACAGCCUGCCCGAGGACGACCAGCGGGCCCUGGCGCGUUCUCUCGAGGCCCUGAACUCUGACGGGGGGCUCUACUCGGAGCGCAACGCCCGCACCGAGUCGGCCAAGUCCACCCCGAUGCACCGGCACAAGGACGGGAAGACUCUGUCGGAGGUCCCCCUGGAGAUCACGGAGUUAUGACUAGCCGAGGCCUCGCUGGUCUGAGCGCAGCCAGGACUCGUGUGUGUUCCCGGAGGGGUGUGCGUGUCCCAGUGUGCGGUCAUACCUGGGCCGCAUACACUCACACAAACACGGACACAAAAAAAUGAAGCUUGAACCACUCAGACCAGUGGAUGGCCACCGACAGGACAUAGAAAAAUGACCCUAUUCAUGCUCUGACUUUUUUUCUUUUUGCAAUGCCUUCAGUGUUUGAGGAGUAAGGAUGGGACAGUACAACUCUUUUUAUAUUAGAUGGACAUGAACUGUUUCCCCCAGUGAUGCUCAUGUAGUGGAGUUUUACCCGACACCAAAGUCAAGAGGGGCUUUGGCCGUUGUGCAAUUGUUCAAUAACUGUAGUUGGUCGUUUUUUAAUCCAUCGCAAAAAGAUAAAAACACUCCAGUCUGCUGGACAACGGUGAAUAUUUCACCCCUGGUCCAUCUUUAGCGUGGACCGAGAAGCUGCACGCACCACUGAAAGAUUCCAACGAGAAGGACGGCGUCAACAAACAAAAAAAACUUCUUAAUUAUGAAUUUAAUAUAAAAGGCAGUCAAACCAAUUGCAAGGAUUUAAUGAUGAAAUUAAAAAAAAAGAAUGAAUUAUCCUGUUUUUAUAGAGCUAAAGAUGGCAUUGUGCCCACAGAGACUUACACUGCCACCAGAGGGACUAAAUGAGUCAUGCUCAAAAUGAAACGUUUGCUUUAUUUUUUUAUUUUAUAGAAGAGGUUAUGGAAUUCAAAUAUUUUUAAAGAAAAAGGCUGGCUUACCACAAUAGGUAGGGAAUCAUUUUGGAUGUUUGGAGUAUGUGUAUAUUGUGCUAUGGUUACAUGUCGUUCUGUUUUCCUUCAUUUGACAACUGAUGCUGUUUCUGAUGAGUGCUGUGUUAAGAUUGUUUGUAUUUCUUUGUCAUUGACACCAUUUCAGAGAAAUGUGUUUGGGAAAUGUGGGGUGAUCCGUGAUAAUAAAAUAAAUAUGCAAUGGCCUUGGA